AUGAUCUGUGUAAGAACCCCUAAAUACUCAGUCUCCAUCAAUGGAUCUUUGUAUGGUUAUUUUAAGGGUGGCAGGGGUUUGAGACAGGGAGAUCCCCUCUCCCCCACCUUGUUUGUGAUAGUCAUGGAUUACUUGUCAAGGCACUUAUCUGAGAUAGGAAGCAGGGUCCUUUUCAAGCAUCAUAGAGGGUGUAAGACUGUCAAACUUAACCAUCUUAGCUUUGCUGGUGAUCUUUUACUCUUCUGCCAUGGAGAUCUGGAUUCAGCUAAGUGUCUGAAGGAUGGUUUGAACCAUUUUCAGGAGGUGUCUGGCCUCUCUGUCAACAAAGACAAAAGCUCCAUAUUCUUUUGCAAUGUCCCUGAUGAUCAAAAAAGGAACAUUCUAGAUUAUAUGGAGUUUGGAGAAGGUUAUCUUCCAGUAAAGUACCUAGGAAUGGCUCUGAUUUCCAGAAGGCUUACUAAAGAAGAUUGUCAAGUAGUCAUUCUUAAAAUCACCAGCCGUAUAACUUCCUGGAAUAUGAAAUACUUGUCUUAUACAGGUAGCUCUUCUGGCAGGAAGUAUGGAGGUAUUGCUUGGGAAACAGUGUGCCAGAAAAAGAAGAGUGGUGGUUUAGGGAUCAAGAAGGUUGACCUUUGGAAUACUGCAGCAGUUAUGAAGCAGGUCUGGAUAAUGCUCACUAAUAAGUGCUCUCUCUGGCCUCACUGGGUUAUCCAAAAUAAGCUUAAAAAACUUAGCUAUUUGGGCAUCACAAAGCCUUAUAAAGCUUCUUGGAGCUGGAGAAACUUAGUCAAGUUGAGAAGUCUAGCUAAGGAUCUCUUUGAGUACAUAGUAGGGAAUGGAAGGGACACCUAUUUCUGGUUUGAUCCUUGGGUUCAUGGGAAAUCUGUUCUGGACACUUUUCCUGGUAUCAGUACGAAGGAUGCAGAUAUUCCCAAAGAUGCUAGAACUUCUGACCUCAUCAAGAAUGGGAACAGGAUAUUACCUGAUGCAGCAGAUGAGGUGACUUUACAUGUCUGUGAGUUUAUCAGAAACAUUUUUGCAACAAACAGACAGGGGAAUGACAAGGUAAUGGUUCUCAAGAAAGAGUUCUUUACUAUUAAAGCAGCCUGGAAUUUCCUCUUUCUAGAUUCUCAAAUGGUUUCUUGGUCCUCCUUAUUAUGGAAGGGACCUAGUAUCCCUCGUUAUAGUUCCAUCACUUGGAUUGCUAUUCAGAAAGGUCUGAACACAAGGGAUAAGCUUUUCAGGUGGGGGUCUGUUAACAGUCCUUGCUGUGUCUUAUGCAACAAUGAAGUUGAAACUGUUUCUCAUUUGUUUUUCUCCUCCAACUUCUCUGAUGUUGUCUGGAGAGGAGUUCUUAGAGGUUGUGGCAUUCUCAGAAGUCCAUUAAGAUGGAGUAGAGAGAUUAGCUGGUUUGCCAGGAAAUUUAAAGGGAGAAGUGUGAGUAAUAGGCUGUGCAGAUUGGCCUUUUGUGCAGCAGUGUACUUCAUCUGGAUGGAGAGGAAUAAUGCUAUCUUCAAAGGAUGCAGGCCGAAGGACAGUGAUGUUAUUAAGAAAGUUAGAUUUGCUGUUUGCUAUUGUUUAAACUGCCCUAGUGAUCGGAGUGAUUUAGAAGUUAUGCAGGAGCGAGUACAUUUGAGUAGUCUCGGUGUUAUUAGUUCAUGGGAGUAUGAAAAUUCUUUAGUUUCGUAUAUUCUGGUAAGGUUAUCUGUUUGGUGGUAUGACAUUAUUAUGCGUUUGCUUGAGGACAAGCAAAAGAGGUUGCCGGACAUUGGAAUGGGUCAAGGCAGAACCACGAAGCAAAAAGAGCGGAUUUCAGCUAAAAUACAAAGGGGAUUCGGAGGAUUCUCCCUCUUCGUCAUCUUGGUGUUUCUUUUUUGUUUGGGACUUUUGUUGUCUCUCUGUCCGCCUGCUUCGUGCGGAGAUUUCUUCUUCAACGGUGCUCCCAUGAUGAUUUAA